AUGGACUAAUAAAAAAGCGAAUUAUAGGAUACUGUCCUUUUUAGAAAAUUUCAAGAAUAUCUAGAGAACUAAAAUGAACUUUAAAUAUAUCAUAAUACUCAUACUGAUAAAUUUUAUAAAGCUAUGCCUUGUACUUUAAAACCAAGAAAAAUAUAGAACAAUCCAAUUAUAAUGGCAUAAAUGCUAGUAAGAAAUAGUCAAAUUCAAUUAGUCUAAAAAAAUAGUCUAUAAAGAAUAAAUUUAGUCAGUAUAAAUCAAUUGUGAAGAAUACAAUAGAACAAGAGCAUGUAGAAGAUUUUCAUCUUCAACUAGAAAUGAUGAACGAUAACAAUAAAUAAGAUCUUAAUUAGUUUCAAGAAGGGAAAAAUAAAGAUGUCAUAGCAUUAAUUCAGAGAUUUUAAAAGAAGUGAAUAUAUAAAUGAAUCAUAAUAUUUUGGAUUUACCAAAAAAAAUAAGAACACCAAAAAGUACAAGGGCAGAGCUAUAUUUUAGUUAUAAUUUAAGGGAUAGUCUAAGAACACCAAGAUGUGGAAUUACAAUUCCUUAAUAUUUAGCUGGUAAGAUUAAAUAAAUAAAAUGA